AUGGACAAAUUUUUGUUAUACAUUCACAAGGGGACCAAAAGAGAUGAGCUCAAGAAUGACAAAAUCAACAACAAGAAAUUGCUCGGGACACCUUUGCAGGGCUGGCGAUCUUGUGCUAUUACUACAUUAGGCCGUGGUGGCAGUGAUUUGACGGCCACAACAAUUGGAAAAGCAUUAGGUUUGCGAGAGAUUCAGGUGUGGAAGGAUGUUGAUGGUGUUUUGACAUGUGAUCCUAAUAUAUAUCCACUUGCUGAACCUGUUCCAUACUUGACAUUUGACGAGGCAGCGGAACUAGCAUAUUUUGGUGCUCAGGUCUUGCAUCCACAAUCCAUGAGACCUGCUAGGGAGGGUGAUAUUCCAGUUAGGGUUAAAAAUUCUUACAAUUCGAAUGCUCCUGGGACUCUCAUCACCAGGACACGAGAUAUGAGUAAGGCAGUACUAACUAGCAUUGUUUUGAAACGGAAUGUUACUAUGUUGGAUAUUGCUAGCACCCGCAUGCUUGGCCAAUUUGGUUUUCUUGCUAAGGUGUUUUCGAUCUUUGAAGAUUUAGGAAUAUCAGUAGAUGUUGUGGCUACUAGCGAAGUCAGCAUCUCCUUGACACUCGAUCCAUCAAAGCUUUGGAGUAGAGAGCUGAUUCAGCAGGCAAGCGAACUCGACCAUGUUGUGGAAGAGCUUGAGAAAAUUGCUGUAGUCAAUGUCCUGCAGCAUAGAUCAAUAAUCUCUCUCAAUGGGAAUGUCCAGAGGUCCUCUCUGAUAUUAGAGAAGGUCUUCAAUGUUCUUCAUAUCAAAGGAAUCAACGUUCAGAUGAUAUCACAGGGUGCUUCAAAGGUUAAUAUCUCAUUAAUUGUGAAUGAUGAUGAAGCAGAGCAGUGUGUCAGGAGUCUCCACUCAGCUUUCUUUGAAAGCGACGUCUCUGAAUUAGAUGGGAAGUGUGUAUCUGAUAACGGUUCAGUUCAGCUUCGAAGUGAAGAAUAAUUUGAGUUCUUAGCAGCAAGAUCUUAGCUGGUAAUGGUGGUUAAUUUGUCUGGUCCUUUUGUGUUUUUGUUUUCCGGUCCAAAGAUAGGCACUGCAUCUACACUCACGGCAUCCUGGAAUUUACUGCCUUUGAUACAGCCAUCUCAUCGUGUAAUUGAGUAUUUAUUUACUAAUCUUUGUAGUUUAUCAAAACUGAUUAUGUGGAGAAAUUUUAAGUGAUAAUUUUCAAGAGAGGCACAAGGAAGAGAGAAUAAAAAAAUUCGUUGUAUUGAUACUUGUAAAUUACAACACCAGGUCAAAGGCA